AUGGCCGCGGCCGCGGCGGGUGGGGCUGCGGGCCCGACCCCCGGCGCCACCCCCGGCGCCACCCCCGGCCCCGCCGCGCCGCCGCCCGCCGCCGCCCCGCCGCCCCCCGCCCGGGCCCCGCCGCCGGCGCUGCGGAAGCGCGGGGACUCGCGGCGCCGCCAGGCCGCGCUCUUCUUCCUCAACAACAUCUCGCUGGACGGGCGGCCGCCGAGCCUGGGCCCGAGCGGAGAGGAGCCGCCGCCGCCCCCGCCGCCCGCCGAGGCCCGCCUGCCGCCCGCGCCGCCGCCGCCGCCCCCGCCGCCCGCCGCGCCCGACCCCGGGGUCCGCGGGGGCCCGCCGCCCGCGCCCCCCUGCGGCCUGCCCGCGCCCGCCGGCAGGGCCCCCGCCGCCCCCCAGGGCCUGCUCAGCCCCACGCAGGCCGCCGGCCUCGCCCUGGACGUGCAGCGCCAGAGAAGGCGAGUCGCCCCCCAGCGCUGCUCUCUGGAGCUCCUGGAGGACGUGGUGGGAUGUGCCACGGCCCAGAGGAGCAAGCACAUCUCCGGCUCCCCCCGGCACAAAGGUUUGAAGAAGACCCACUUCAUCAAGAACAUGAGGCAGUACGACACGAGGAGCGGCAGGAUUGUGCUGAUCUGCGCCAAGCGGUCCCUGUGUGCAGCCUUUUCCGUCCUGCCCUAUGGGGAGGGCUUGCGCAUCAGCGACCUGCGGGUGGACAGCCAGAAGCAGAGGCAUCCGUCCGGCGGCAUCUCCGUGUCUUCCGAGAUGGUCUUCGAGCUGGAAGGGGUCGAGCUGGGAGCAGACGGAAAGGUGGUGUCUUAUGCGCAGUUCCUCUACCCCACGAAUGCCCUGGUCACGCACAGGAGCGACGGCCACGGCCCACCGCCCCCGCCGCGCUCCAGCGUCCCCCGGGCUGUGCCGGGGUCCAGACACAAAGCCGCGCCUUCCAAGCCGACAGCAGCGGGCACAGAGCUGGGGAGCGACACAGGUGACGCCCCGGAGUACAACCCCAACCUCCUGGACGACCCGCAGUGGCCCUGUGGCAAGCACAAGCGGGUGCUCAUCUUCGCUUCGUACAUGACCACGGUCAUCGAGUACGUGAAGCCCUCCGACCUCAAGAAAGACAUGAAUGAGACCUUCCGGGAGAAGUUCCCUCACAUCAAGCUGACGCUGAGCAAGAUCCGGAGCUUAAAACGGGAGAUGCGGAACCUCUCAGAAGAGUGCAGCCUGGAGCCCGUGACGGUGUCGAUGGCCUACGUGUACUUUGAGAAGCUUGUCUUGCAAGGCAAGCUCAACAAGCAGAACCGCAAACUGUGCGCGGGGGCAUGUGUGCUGCUCGCUGCCAAGAUCAGCAGCGAUCUCCGGAAGAAUGAAGUAAAGCAGCUCAUCGACAAGUUAGAAGAAAGAUUUCGAUUCAACAGACGAGAUCUAAUUGGGUUUGAGUUCACGGUGCUGGUGGCUUUGGAGCUUGCUCUGUACCUGCCCGAGAGCCAGGUGCUGCCUCACUACCGACGCCUCACCCAGCAGCUCUAGCCAGAGCCGGCCAUGCUGUGAGCAGUGGCCUCCCCGUGCACCGGAGCCCAGCAGCCACUUUGCGCAAGGGAGGCCUGGGACACGUGCUGGCACCCACACCAGGGUCCCUUCGUCCCACCAGCCCAUUUCUGCCCCCACCCGGCAUGGAAGCACCUGCCUUUCCCAGCUGCCGAAGCGCUUGUGUCCGUACACCUCUGCAGCCUCGAGCAGAAACACGAGCCACUCAGAUCACCCCACGCCUCCAGCGGCAGCUCUGGCCAUCUCCCUGGACUCUUGAGCACCCAGACGUGGGGUUCUGUUGUUGCUUCUUUCCCUGGCGUGCCUGAGCCGGACUUUGAUUCACACUGUAGGGAAGUGAAUUCUGACUUCAGGGCAAGUGUUUCUAUCCCGUUGUCUGUAUCACCCUCAGCAAACCUCGAGGACACUGCGCAGGCGCCACGGUGGGCACUUACUUGAACAGACCGAUAUGGCUGAACUAUAACUUAUCAAACUCGGGUAUUUCAGGUUUGGGGAUUUGGAAGCUCAGCCUUGGGGACCCUCCCCCUCGGUGCCUGUCCCUGGGGUUCGCUGCUCCCAGCUUCCUCCCCACAGCAGAGCUCCCUAGGGGGGCCUCCUGCCCGUCCCCCCAGCAGGCACUCCAGUGUCGGCUCCUCCAGUGUCAGCAAGCUGAGCUCCCCCCGCCUGGUUUCUAGCCCGUUUCCUCUGGGACUCCUGUUCUUCCCAGCCCCGUCACUGUGAGACCCUCCUGUCAUUUCGCUGUGAAGACCCACCUGGCCUGGCCCACUCUGGACCUUUAGGAACUAUGCUGAUUCCUAAGCAAUAUCGCAACUGAGAAAUGUAUUUAUCCUUGUCUGGGAUUUGGUUCUGUGGGUUUUUGAAGGAAUGAGGUCUGCUCAAGUCAUGAACUAAAGAUUUGACCAGCAGUGGGGAGGGCCCUCUUCUGUCACGUACCUUUCAGCCCCCGCACACACCCCAGGUCCAUCCUCGUCCAACACAGCAAGUUCAGCAUGGGGUGUCUUUCUUCCCCUGGGGGGAGUCAGGCACCAGCCCCAUGCUGCCCUGGGACCUGGCCGUCCUCGUGCAGAUCCCUGCUCAGCGUCAGCACAGCCCCUGGCUUUGGCUUUUUCCAGGUGGUCAAGUUCAGUGGGGUGCAUUUCUCCACCUGGCUGCCCCAUCCACAAUCCCGAAGAACCAAGAACUGGUCUCAAAAACGAUCAUUCCAGCUGGGCCACACCCCAGCCCUGCCCUGGUAAUUGUAAUUAUGUGGCUGGUGCUUCUACAGCAGUGAGAUGCUACUUCUGCUUCUCACGAUGCUCAGCCAGCAGUUUAGCCUGUACCCCCAAAAGCACAGACGAGCUUUCUGCAGGGCUGCUUCCAGCCACCCAGCUGGCCCCUCACUCCUCUUCCUUAGCCUCUCGCCUGGGGCCCUGAGACCCAGUGACAGGUAGGACCACCCCUGGGAAAGUCAGUGUUUAUUCAUGGUGGAGUGUCCCCAUUCCCCAGCCAAGGACACUCCCUGUAAAUCCCAAACCCCAUGUGCACACAAGAGAACUCAACCAGAAAGCUGCUGAAAUAUGUUGUACAGUGGGCCUAACCCCAAGCAGUUUCUUUCCAGAAAGCUACAUGUUGUGCCACCAAACAGCAUCUCAAGGGCAUUGGUGGUGUAAGCAUGGAGAGGCCAACUUCCAGACUGCUCGUUCUGGUUUACAGCUGACCUUGGAGACACACAGCUCCUUGGGAAUUCCUAUAGCUAUUAAAGCAGGAGAGUGGCUGAGAAAUAAGUCAUUUAAGUUUGUGGGUUUACAUAGCAUGAUCCGUUUACCAAACUGGCGUGUAACCUCCUUAAAGACCUUCCCUUCCGUGUCAUCUUUGUAGUAAUGCCAAGUGCUGCCACUAUGUGGCACCGAUUGAUUACAAGGCCAGUGUUCAAACCAAAACUAAGCCCCUAAACAUUCCCAUUCUAAAGCACAUCUGAAUGUUGAGGGGCUUGUGGCCAAAAAAGCCCAGAGCUGCUCUGCCAUUCCUGCUGGUGUCACCGUAGUUCUUACUGGCGUGAAUGCACGUCAGCUAUUUGAGUUGUAAUGUCUUAGUAAUUUGAUGGAUGAGUUUGUGCUUUAAAGUAAAACUUGGUUUUGCAA